AUGUCAAACCAAGCAGAAAACCUUGCGGCUCUUGUGCCAGCCGCAAAAGCUGAGCUUGUUGUCGAAAAGCGCCCAAUUCCGACGCCUGGGCCUGAUGAAGUUCUGGUACGCAACCACUUUAUCGGACUCAAUCCACUCGAUUGGAAACGCCAGCUGUCUGGAAUGUUUAUUUCAUCUUACCCAGCCAUUUUGGGUACUGACUCAAGUGGCAUUGUCGAAUCCGUAGGAUCGAAUGUUACCAAAUUCAAACCAGGCGAUCGCGUCCUUGGAGGGGCAGAUGGCAUGAUCUCCCAGAAGCCAGAGAAUGCCUCAUAUCAAACCUACACCAUAUUCCGCGCGACUUCGACUUCAAAGCUGCCUUCCAACAUCAGUCUUGAACAGGCUGCUACGCUUACGACAGCCACUAUCACUUCGUACUUGAUGCUCUUCCAUGUGCUUGGCCUGCCAAAGCCCGAACUCAAGACCCCGCCGCCAAACGCUACCGUGCUCAUCUGGGGAGGCGCCUCUACUGUAGGCAAUCUUGCCAUUCAGUUCGCUAAAGCGGCAGGCCUGAAUGUGUAUGCCAUCGCGAGCAAGAAGAAUCAUGAGUACUUGCGAUCUCUUGGCGCUAAGUUGCUCUUUGAUUAUCAUUCAGACACUGUCGUUGAGGAUGCCGUGGCUGCAGCUGAGCGUGAGGGAAAACCUAUCGCUUACGUAGCAGACACUAUCACCUCAGUGGCGACUCUGGGCUCCGUGCAGGAUAUACUAUCCAAAUCGACAGCUACCGUGAAGAAUGUUGCACACACGGCGCCCUGGCCGGAAGACUUCAAAAAGCUGGACGGAAUCAACGCUGAUAUGGUUCACGGUGAAGAGGUCUGGUACAAGCCUGACAUGAUUGAGCUAGGCUCUAAGGUCUUUAACGAAGAUCUUCCGAAAUGGCUUGAAAGUGGAGUCAUCGUACCACCGCCUUACCGUGUGGUCGAAGGUGGUGUCGGGAAGAUUCAGGAUGCAUUGAAAGUGCUCCAGGCGGGAGUGAGCAACCAGAAAGUGGUGGUGGGAGUCUAG